AUGGCGGAAUUUCCCGAUUUUGGCCGUCAUUGUAACUUUGAUGGCUGUAAUUUAUUAGAUUUUCUUCCCAUUCGAUGUGAUGCGUGUAAAAAAGAUUUUUGUGGCUCGCAUUACUCAUAUGAUGCACAUUGCUGUCAGUCUUCAUAUAAGAGGGAUAUGCAAGUACCAGUAUGUCCGUUGUGUAGUAAGCCAGUUCCAGUAGCACGAGGAGAACGUCCAGAUAAACGAGUAAGUGAUCACAUCGAUUCGAAUUGUAAAUCAAAUCCAGCCAGUGCAUUAAAAGGAAAAAUUUAUACGUAUCAUUGCUCGCAACGAAAUUGCAAGAAAAGAGAGCUUGUUUCUAUUAAAUGUAAUCAGUGCGGGCGAAAUUUUUGUUUGAAGCAUCGAUUUCCAGCCGAUCAUGAUUGCAUGGAAGUGAAAGACGAAAGACCGCUCUCAAAUGCAGCAUUAGCUGCUUUGCGUCGCAACAAGAAUUGCCGGUAUGAAUCAGUUACAAAAGAAUCUGGCAACAAUCUUCCCUCAAUUAACUCAGUGUCGGAAGACGAAGCACUAACACGAGCCCUGCAGGAACUGCUAAAUAAUUCUGAUGAUUACAUGACUUUAGAAGAACGCGACAGAGCUAUUGCGGAAGAAAUGCAAAAAAUGGAAUAUCAGCAGCAAUUGCCAGAGCAGCAACUUCCAACGAAUUCAAGUCGUGAAAAGUGCAUUAUUUCAUAG